AAUGAAAGUAAUAUAAAUUGCAAUUUUAUUGUUCUUUGCAACAACAAUUAUAUUGAGUAAAAGAAUUCAUCUGAAUGAACAGACAUAACAAUGUAUUAGAGAGAAAUGCCCAGAUUAAUUGAAAUAAUGUUAUGAUGAUAUGGCAUGUUAAUUAUAAUUAAGUAAAUGCAGACAAAAAGUUAAUAAGCCUCCAAAAUAAGGUAGUAAAAGUAAACCAUAUUCAAAUGUGCUAUGUAAAUUAAAUUCUUAUAGAUAUUAUAGCCUGUUUGAAAAAGAAUGAGAAUUCAUAUAAUUUGAUUGAUUGUGCAUAUUCAAAUUGUGAAAAUAGUCCUAAAUCACAAGUAUAUGAGUAUUUAUUGGGUAAUUAUUGAUGACAAGCUAAUUAUAUAAGAUGAU